GUCGUGAGUCCCGCGGAGCUGUCCCCGGUGCCGCCGACCCGGGCCGUGUGCUCGCCGACCGCAGGCGCGUGUGCCCGUGGCUCCAGCCGCUGCCGCCUCAAUCUCCUCGUCUCCCGCUCCGCCCUCCCUUUUCCCUGGAUGAACUUGCGUCCUUUCUCUUCUCCGCCAUGGAAUUCUGCUCCGUGCUUUUAGCCCUCCUGAGCCAAAGAAACCCCAGACAACAGAUGCCCAUACGCAGCGUAUAGCAGUAACUCCCCAGCUCGGUUUCUGUGCCGUAGUUUACAGUAUUUAAUUUUAUAUAAUAUAUAUUAUUUAUUAUAGCAUUUUUGAUACCUCAUAUUCUGUUUACACAUCUUGAAAGCCGCUCAGUAGUUCUCUUACUAAACAACCACUAUUCUAGAGAAUGGCAGCGCUGAUUACCAGUACUACAGCUGCUACCGCCGCUUCUGGUCCUUUGGUGGACUACCUAUGGAUGCUCAUCCUGGGCUUCAUUAUUGCAUUUGUCUUGGCAUUCUCCGUGGGAGCCAAUGAUGUAGCAAAUUCUUUUGGUACAGCUGUGGGCUCAGGUGUAGUGACCCUGAAGCAAGCCUGCAUCCUAGCUAGCAUCUUUGAAACAGUGGGCUCUGUCUUACUGGGGGCCAAAGUGAGCGAAACCAUCCGGAAGGGCUUGAUUGACGUGGAGAUGUACAACUCGACUCAAGGGCUGCUGAUGGCCGGCUCAGUCAGUGCUAUGUUUGGUUCUGCUGUGUGGCAACUCGUGGCUUCGUUUUUGAAGCUCCCUAUUUCUGGAACCCAUUGUAUUGUUGGUGCAACCAUUGGUUUCUCCCUCGUGGCAAAGGGGCAGGAGGGUGUCAAGUGGUCUGAACUGAUAAAAAUUGUGAUGUCUUGGUUCGUGUCCCCACUGCUUUCUGGAAUUAUGUCUGGAAUUUUAUUCUUCCUAGUUCGUGCAUUCAUCCUCCAUAAGGCAGAUCCAGUUCCUAAUGGUUUGCGAGCUUUGCCAGUUUUCUAUGCCUGCACAGUUGGAAUAAAUCUCUUUUCCAUCAUGUAUACUGGAGCACCGUUGCUGGGCUUUGACAAACUUCCUCUGUGGGGUACCAUCCUCAUCUCGGUGGGAUGUGCAGUUUUCUGUGCCCUUAUCGUCUGGUUCUUUGUAUGUCCCAGGAUGAAGAGAAAAAUUGAACGAGAAAUAAAGUGUAGUCCUUCUGAAAGCCCCUUAAUGGAAAAAAAGAAUAGCUUGAAAGAAGACCAUGAAGAAACAAAGUUGUCUGUCGGUGAUAUUGAAAACAGGAAUCCUGUUUCUGAGGUAGGGCCUGCCACUGUGCCCCUCCAGGCUGUGGUGGAGGAGAGAACAGUUUCAUUCAAACUUGGAGAUUUGGAGGAAGCUCCAGAGAGAGAGAGGCUUCCCAGCGUGGACUUGAAAGAGGAAACCAGCAUAGAUAGCACCGUGAAUGGUGCAGUGCAGUUGCCUAAUGGGAACCUUGUCCAGUUCAGUCAAGCCGUCAGCAACCAAAUAAACUCCAGUGGCCACUACCAGUAUCACACCGUGCAUAAGGAUUCCGGCCUGUACAAAGAGCUGCUCCAUAAAUUACAUCUUGCCAAGGUGGGAGAUUGCAUGGGAGACUCCGGUGACAAACCCUUAAGGCGCAAUAAUAGCUAUACUUCCUAUACCAUGGCAAUAUGUGGCAUGCCUCUGGAUUCAUUCCGUGCCAAAGAAGGUGAACAGAAGGGCGAAGAAGUGGAGAAGCUGACGUGGCCUAAUGCAGACUCCAAGAAGCGAAUUCGAAUGGACAGUUACACCAGUUACUGCAAUGCUGUGUCUGACCUUCACUCGGCAUCUGAGAUAGACAUGAGUGUCAAGGCAGAGAUGGGUCUAGGUGACAGAAAAGGAAGUAAUGGCUCUCUAGAAGAAUGGUAUGACCAGGAUAAGCCUGAAGUCUCUCUCCUCUUCCAGUUCCUUCAGAUCCUUACAGCCUGCUUUGGGUCAUUCGCCCAUGGUGGCAAUGACGUAAGCAAUGCCAUUGGGCCUCUGGUUGCUUUAUAUUUGGUUUAUGACACAGGAGAUGUUUCUUCAAAAGUGGCAACACCAAUAUGGCUUCUACUCUAUGGUGGUGUUGGUAUCUGUAUUGGUCUGUGGGUUUGGGGAAGAAGAGUUAUCCAGACCAUGGGGAAGGAUCUGACACCGAUCACACCCUCUAGUGGCUUCAGUAUUGAACUGGCAUCUGCCCUCACUGUGGUGAUUGCAUCAAAUAUUGGCCUUCCCAUCAGUACAACACAUUGUAAAGUGGGCUCUGUUGUAUCUGUUGGCUGGCUCCGGUCCAAGAAGGCUGUUGACUGGCGUCUCUUUCGUAACAUUUUUAUGGCCUGGUUUGUCACAGUCCCCAUUUCUGGAGUUAUCAGUGCUGCCAUCAUGGCAAUCUUCAGAUAUGUCAUCCUCAGAAUGUGAAGCUGUUUGAGAUUAAAAUUUGUGUCAAUGUUUGGGACCACCUUAGGUGUUCCUGCUCCCCUGAAGAAUGAUUACAGUGUUAACAGAAGACUGACAAGAGUCUUUUUAUUUGGGAGCCAGAGGAGGGAAGUGUUACUUGUGCUAUAACUGCUUUUGUGCUAAAUAUGAAUUGUCUCAAAAUUAGCUAUGUAAAAUAGCCAGGGUUCCACUGGCUCUUGCUGAGGUCCCCUUUCCUUCUGGGCUGUGAAUUCCUGUACAUAUUUCUCUACUUUUUGUAUCAGGCUUCAAUUCCAUUAUGUUUUAAUGUUGUCUCUGAAGAUGACUUGUAAUUUUUUUUUUUUUUUUUUUUUAAACCAUGCAGAGCCGUUUGACAGAGCAUGCUCUGCGUUGUUGGUUUCACCAGCUUCUGCCCUCACAUGCACAGGGAUUUAACAACAAAAAUGUAACUACAACUUCCCUUGUAGUCUCUUAUAUAAGUAGAGUCCUUGGUACUCUGCCCUCCUGUCAGUAGUGGCAGGAUCUAUUGGCAUAUUCGGGAGCUUCUUAGAGGGAUGAGGUUCUUUGAACACAGUGAAAAUUUAAAUUAGUAACUUUUUUGCGAGCAGUUUAUUGACUGUUAUUGCUAAGAAGAAGUAAGAAGGAAAAGCCUUUUGGCAAUCUUGGUUAUUUCUUUAAGAUUUCUGGCAGUGUGGGAUGGAUGAAUGAAGUGGAAUGUGAACUUUGGGCAAGUUAAAUGGGACAGCCUUCCAUGUUCAUCUGUCUACCUCUUAACUGAAUAAAAAAGCCUACAGUUUUUAGAAAA